AUGAACCACCGAAGCAAAGGCCAACUCAUGUGCAGACUCGAAGGAUGUCCGCACGAAGUCCUCUUCAAGGCCGUCGACGGAGGAGGCUACGUCGACCCUCUCGAGCGCCGGGCCAGCGGUAUCAGAGACAGAAACAACCCUCUGCAGGGCAGAGGGUCGCCGGCUGGUGGGCCGGGAGGGUAUGGUCAUCAACAUCGAUAUUCGAAUGCCGGGGCAGAUGACGAGACUUGCACGCAACUGAAGCCGGCGCAUGAUUCUGUUUGUGCUUAUCACGCGAGAUGUCCCGUUCCCGAGUGCAACCAGGCGAGGCUUCAGUAUUUGGAUCCCGCCUACGAGUCAAGACAUAGCGAUACUGGGCCGAUGUAUCAGAGAUGGGAGUAUUGUGCUGAUCACAAGUGCACCAUCCGAAGGUGUCCUCGUCGAAAACAGUCAGCGAAGGCCAUCUACUGCAAGGAUCAUGGGUGUCAAGCGGAUGGUUGUAAGAGCCAGAGACUUGACUCAAAACAUAAUUGCUGUGAAGAGCAUCAAUGCAAACAAGAUGGUUGCGGAACCAUAGUCGAGGGGAAAUUCUCCUACUGCGCAAUUCACAUUAAAUGCGAUAUCAGCAACUGCAAUAGGGCAAGACACAACGUCUCAGGGACGAAGGACUACCUAAGGUUCUGCACCGAUCACGCCACUUGCGCAGUAAACCGCUGCACAGACUUGAAGAUCGAACAAUCCCUCUACUGCGCAAACCAUACGUGUAGGGAAAGGGGCUGUAGCAAGAGUAGUCAGUCAAAGCCGUUUUGUAGUGAGCACUGCUGCGCGGAGGUCAACUGUCGGUCUCCAAGGCCUUGGGCAGCUAGUCCAAAUGCGAGGGGGAAGUUCUGUCCGCUGCACACUUGCCGUGCCCAGGAUUGUCCUGAGUUCGUUGACCGCUUAGCCAUCUUUUGCAGGACUCACGGUUGCUCCAAACCCAAAUGCCAUGAAGAAGUCAUCGUCGAGGGCUUCUGUCUUGACCACCUCAAAGCGCACUACAUUACCCAAGGCGAACUCAAAGCCCGCGGCGGCUCCUCCUCCUCUUCCAAGGACUCAUCAACCACCCUCAUCACCCGUCCCGGCCCCGGCCCAGUCGCCGCAAAUCUUCAACCCCCAAACUUCCCCCGCCGCCUCUCCCAACAAUCCAUCGCCUCCAUCCGUCCCGGUCCCGGCCAACGCCCAACAUCCGUCCUCCUCCACGGACACGCUCACGAGAUCCUUAUUCCACCUGAUGAACACCCCGACGAACUCCUCGACAACCACCACAACAACCCGGUUAAAUUCUUGGACCACCAACACCAAGCCCACGUCGAUGACCCCGACCCUGAUCUAGAUGACGAUGAGGUUGACGACCAUCUGCCGAAUUUGAAUCCAAGUAGUUUGAACAGCCAUUUAAGUCACAUCAGCCAUCACAUCAACCAAAGCCACCAAACCCACCGCAGUCAACACAAGCAAGACUAUAAUAAUCCCCAUGAUAUCAAAGAAACAGGCAGUGGUAGAAGUUCCCGAUCGAGCGAAGCCGUCUCAGCUCUUUCAGACGGCGGCGAUAUCGGGGCGGGGGUGAACGGCUCGUUGGUCAAUGGAGGCGGAAGUCCAGGAGAUCCGCCGGAGUACAGCAAGGUUGCUAGUUCGAUCGUGAGUGUUGGACAGGGGCAUGAUGGCGGGGAGGUGACGAAGACGGGGAAUGGGGGUGGAGGUGGUGGAAGGGGAGAGAGGGAGAGGGAGAGGAAUAGGAGGGCGGAGAGGGAAGGUACUGGGGGAGGAGUGCCCGGAUCUUUUGGGGGGGAAGGACUAGGGAAGGGGGAGGAUAGUGAUGGGUGGUAGUAGGUGUGUGGAGAAUUGUUCGUGGGAGGGUAUGAAUGAUGGAGUAUGAUCACGAUAUCAUGAGGCGUUCAUGGUGGUUGGUUUGGGGUGGUUUAUUAAUGGAUCUAGGGCGGGCUUUUUGCGAGUUAUCUAUUCGUUGAGCGAGUAGCUAGGUUGAUGAUACCAAACCACUUCGUUUCGUUCAUGUUCUGUCGGAUAUUAAAUCCACGAGGUCCCAUACAAUGCUCCGACACUUUUGCCCAUACUGCUGCCACUACGACACGAGCUGUCGCCCACCUUGGUAUCAACGAAGGUACCGGCCAUUCCCAUCUCCGCUCUCCCACAUCCACCCCCAUUCUCCCCCUCUCCAUUU